AUGAUGGUGACCAUGAUUGCUAUUGAUGGAUCUCAAAGUAGAACAUUAAGGUGUUCAUUAUCUGACACCAAAUACAGAUUAUUUAUUGGUAAUGUUCCAAAGAGCUGGACUGAUGCUGAGUUUACAAAGCUCGUUGACGAGACUGGUCCAGGAGCAGAAAAUGUUGAGCUUAUUAAGGAUCCUCAAAAUCCAAGCCGUAAUCGUGGUUUUGCUUUUAUUGAGUAUUACAACAAUGCUUGUGCUGAUUAUUCUAGACAGAGAAUGUCAAGUGCAAAUUUUAAGCUGGAUGGCAACACUCCAACUGUCACCUGGGCUGAUCCAAAGAGUACACCUGAUCAUUCUGCUGCUUCUCAGGUGAACUUCAACAGCUAG